CAAUUCAUUGCUGAACAAUCACCUCCAAAUAGACCUAAUAUUCAAUUAAAUGAAAAUAAAAAUCGACAAAAUAUUAGCGAAAUCACACCAUCAGCCCCGCUUUACAUACCUUAUGAACUAUUAGCUAAUGAAAUCAACGAAGGUCCAUCAAAUAAGCGAAAAAAUAAAAAUCAACAAAAUAUAACUGAAAUCACACCGUCAUCACCAAUUUAUUUCCCCGAUAGACUUAUAGACAUGUCGCCUCAAAUUUUCACAAAUCAACAAUACAAAGCAAGAGCAUCUACGAUUGAUAUACCACAAAUUAAACCUUCCAUAAAUCAGAACCAAAGUAGAGCCUUUUCGCUUGAUCCAAACCUUUUAAAACAAAAUAGAG